AUGAGUCUCCUCAAAGAGCGCAAGCCGAAGAAGCCUCAUUACAUCCCCAGACCGCCAGGAAAGCCAUUCAAAUACAAGUGCUUCCAGUGUCCCUUCACCUGCAACGAGAAAUCCCAUCUUUUCAACCACAUGAAGUAUGGUCUCUGCAAAAACUCUAUUACUUUAGUGUCAGAGCAGGACCGCAUUAUUAAGUGCCCAAAGACCAGCUCCUUGGAGCCCAAACAGAUCAACCAGCUAGAACCUACAGCCAAGCCAACGUCCUCCAAAUCCAUCGCAAAUGGACUCUCAAAUCUCGAUUCAAAGCCCCAGUAUCCUUUUGCCAAAGAAGAUGCCAAGGAAAACGUUGAGUUACAAAACCAGGCAACAAGCACAGCAAUUCAAGGGCAGAAAGCUGCAAUCCCAAAGGAAUUGGCUCCAGCCAGCACAGCAGAAACUGCCCUCGGCAUGCAGCCCCUCUUGGACAGCAUCGUAAGGCCCUCGGCUUUUGUUCCUGUAGGAGAACACAGGGAUAGUAAAGGCCCCGAAGCUAACGACGUGUCUGAUGUUAUAUCCCUCGCUAACAAGGGUUCACCUUUUCACGCCAAGUCGGCGUUCCACGCACCCAGUCACCCAUGGAAAGCAGGUUCUCCUUUCCUCCCGGAGUUUCCCCACAAAGUUGCUCCCACAAAAGGCUUUGGUUCCAUCUCCCCCUACAUGCAGCCGGUGAUCCCAGAGUACUCGCCCCACUUCUACGAGCACCGGCUGGCAAUCUACGCACCCUACCUGCUGCCGGGGAACGCAGAGUGCGAAACCUCGGCCCUCUCCGUCUAUGGCACACAAGACCAAAGGCACUUUCUUCCCCACCCUGGGCCGCUUCCAAAACCAAUAAAUCCAUCGGCCUAUGAACACUAUCGAUUGUUCCAACAGUAUCACUCCACUCCUCCGAUACCGUAUGGAUUUUGCAGGCCAACAGAUCCUCCAUUUUACAGAUUUUCCCACGUCGCCGGUAUCAACAGAGAGCAGAGUUCUCACCUAAUGGAAGAAACCGGCCUGCUGUACCCUGCUCCUCUAAGCCCAUCCCAACAAUAUUCUUUAAGCGCGCACAAAAAACAGGCAGAUUAUGAAAAAGAAAUGACACUGCUGCACGGCAAGGGUCACUCCAAGGAGGAGCAGAGCGAAAGGGAGAACGCGAAGAUGAGCCCGCUGGCGGGCAGCGCGGCCACGGGCUCCCCGGGCAGGCCCAGCCCCACCAACUUCACGCAGACGAGCCAGGCCUGCCAAGGCCUCUUCGACCUCUCCAGCAAGGCACCCGCUGCCCUGCUGGCCAAGCACGACCAGCCAGAAGACAAUUUCACCGCGUUCAGGCCCGUGAGGAAAAGCGCCGAGCAGGCGGCUCCAGCCCAGGGCGCGCACGCGCCGCAGGAGCGGGGAGAUUCGCCCACCAGCAUUAACGUCACUGAUGAAGAUCCCUACGUUCCCAGCGAAUGCCGUGGCAACGAGGGCUCCCUGUCCAACACGGAAGACGACGCAGGGGCAGCUCCUCUUAAUCUUUCCAAGAAGCCCGACACGGACACGGGACCUGUUCAUGAGCACACGUACAAAAACACUUCCACAGCGGAAAGCCAAAGCUUUCUGGAAUUGCAGGACGUGCCGCUGAACCUCUCCGUAAGAGACUCCUGCAACACGGGCAGCCUCCGGAGCGCGGCGCUGCCCGGCGCUGCCGCUCCCAAGGCCGCCGGUGACACCGCUGCCGCGGACACGGGCAGUCCCCAGACCCCCGCGAGCAGCGCUGCGGACAAACCUUCCUUCCCAGCGGCCCGCGGCCAAGCCCAAGACCUGAGAAUAAUUGACAGCUGUGAUGAGCAGAAGCAAACGGCGGCCGUGGCGCUCUGCCAGCUGGCCGCGUACAGCCCCGGCAAGGCCCGCGCGGGCAGCGACGGGCAGGCUCCUCAGGACUGCAAAGCUGCGCCUACGGAAGCUGCCCGUAACUCUUCAGAGGCUCAGGAUGCUCAAAGCAACCAAAAAGCAAAAGGACAAAAAAGGACAAACCAGAAAGAAUCCACAAAGUCACAGCAAGGCACUAAACGAGUACGGCCAAAUGACUGUAGCAGAGUCUUCACUUUGAGGAAGAGAACAAGAGUGUCAUAG